AUGGCCUCGCCCGCCGGCGAGGUGAGGGGGGCGCGUCGUGCGGGGCCAACCCGCUCUCGCUCGGCCGCAUCGGCGGCUGGUGCGGCGGCCGGGGCCGGUGGGCCCGCGCGGGCGGUUUCGCGCCAAAGGCUUGCGGAGUCGCUGUGGUGGGCGGAUCGGUGCGGGCUGCCGCUGACUGUCACCGUCGGCAAUGAGCGCAGAGACGUGCUGGCGUCUCUCACGGAUCGUGUGCGAGACCGAGUGGAGGAGCUGCGCAUUGAAGUCAACACAGAAGCUGCGAGCGUGCAGGACCCCGCGUUGGCGUCCGACGGUCAGUGCGGCAACUUUCUCUGUGCGCUUUUGACGUUUCCACACGUGACAAAACUGUCAAUUGUGUGCAGUAAAACUGACGUUACUUCUCGUGAAACUCGUGACGUGAAUCACACCCUACGCGUUGCAGCAGAGAUGCCAAUUAGCGAGAUAUGCGUUCGUGGUUUUAUGGAGCUGACGGAUCUCUCUGUGCUGGCGGGAUCGCAGCACCUUCAACAUUUGACAGUCACCCAUUGUGGAAUACAGUCGGUUUCUGACUUGGUGAGCUGUCCUAUGCUCACAGAACUCGAUGUCUCCCACAAUCAACACCUCCAGACUCUUUCAGGUCUCGCAAGCGCACCGCGCCUCAAAACUCUGAUCGCAACGGAUUGUGAUAUACGAAACUUAGACGGCCUUGGCAGCUGUCCCAACCUGUGCAAGCUUGACGCGUGCAGCAACGAAUGUUUAGAGAGUACUCGCGGCCUUGCUGGUGCGCCAAGCCUCGAGAAACUUUUCGUGAACUGUUGCAAUGGACUGCGCAAUGUUGAAGGCCUUGCGAGCUGUCCGCUGCUUACGGAGCUCGACGUACAGUUUGACACUGAGUUAGAAGGAUUUGACGGACUCGCUGGUGCUCCGUCGCUUAGGACAAUCAAUGCGAAUGGAUGUGGGUUGCGCAGCGUAGAUGGGCUCAACCAGUGCCCACAACUCAGCGAGAUCGAUAUCUCCGAAAAUGGAGCCUUGGAGGACCUUAGCGGCCUUGCUGGGGCACCGCGUCUUGAGCGAAUUUAG